AUGCAACUUUGCCGAAGUGCUUUAUGCAAUUCAAGGACUACUCAAAUUCCCCUUCCUGGGAGGAAACACAUGCGGACGCCAUCUCACAAAGUCCCAACCGUUUUAAAAGUUGUCGCCGAUCAUCCCAUACCACUUUGUUGCAGUCUUUACUACUAUGAAGUUAGCAUAAGUGCUAAAAGCCAGUGUGGGUCCCUUAAGGUCGGUUUUUCUUUUGACGAAUCUGAUAAGGCAAAACACCAACGUUGCGCCAACUUUGUUGGUUACCACAGCAAUACAGGUCGAAUUGGCCUCAAUGAUGGUGACUCCACACUAGGGGACGAAGAGAAUGAGGUUUGCGGACCGCCUUUUGGUGUGGGUGAUGUCAUUGGCUGCGGUGUCAAUUUCGUCAACAAUUCGAUUUUCUUCACUAAAAACGGGAUUAUUAUUGGCAGUUCUAUUGUUCACAGCAAAUUAACAAUAGCUUUCAAACUCCAAAAACUGGUUGCCAUAACAACUACUCCUGUUGCUCUUACCACUGAUGGAAGUUUGAAGGACAUAUCUUGUGGUCUCACUAAGGCGAAUGCGGUGACGAUUCCUUGUGUUAUAAUGAUCUCCCCUGCUACCGCUUUGAUCGCCAACUUUGGACAACGCGAUUUCGUCUUCGCGAUCGCCCAGUACCUGGCCCAGGAGCGCUGCAGCUCUGUCACUCAGGCGAUCGAGGAUAAACUCACCGCGGAUCUGGCCAAUGUUGGGAUGCAGAGCCUCGUCCUGGACUACUUGAUGAGACACGGUUAUCUUGCCACGGCUAGCUCCAUGGUCAGACCGUCGCUAGUUUCGCCUCGGGCUAUCACGGCCGCCACAGCUGCUGCCAUCCCUGUUCCCCCAUCUCCUAACCCCCCAUCAUUGGAGUCGGAGAAUGGAAGCCUAGCUAAAGUCGACCCCGGUUCAAACUCAACUCUCCCAUCGAUUCAACCCGAUGCUCCUCAGUACUCCCUAAGCCCCAAACUCAAACUUUGGGCUAAAAAGUGGAGUCUAAAGGAACUUUUCAAGAGCCCAUCCUCGACUCCAUUGCGUCACGGGAAGGUGAAACGAGAGUUGCUGGAAUCGUCAAUGACGGAGACAGGAGUUACGCCGACUACUGAGACCGUAUCGUUAUCCUUACUUUCCAACGAGGUUCCAAAGUCUGCACCCCCCAGGGAGGGGUGGGAGUGUGGCGGCGGUGAGAAGUGGCCUGAAACGCCGGAGGCGGCGAAUCGGCGGAUCCGAUUGGCCGAGUUGAUUUCUCAAGGCCAAUACCUGCAGGCGAUUUCUCAAUUGGCUCAUGACUAUACCAGCCUCGUGGAGACAAUGCCUUCGAUUAUUUUCAUGCUACGAUGUCGUUACUUCAUCGAAUUGCUAUUUACGAAUCAACGUCCGUCUGAAGAUGUUGCCCGGAAGAAGACGGCAACGGCGCCAACGGUCACGCCGACGAAAGCGACAUCCGCACCUCCUAAUUCAGACUGCAAGAAUGGGGGGAAGAUGGGUGUAGGCACCACCUUCAAGCGUCCUCAGCCAUCCAGCUCACCGGAGUGUUCGCCCUGUGGCGGUGGGAGCUGCUUUCGGCAGUCCGCUGCUGUUCGCAGGAAAUGCGAGGAAACCAAUGGGAGCACGAAUGGUAUUGUUGCAGAAGAUGAGAAUGAUGAGGAUCUUCUCAUUGAGUGUAUCCGUCAAGAGAACGGUGGUGUGGCAGUUCUGCAGGCACCACGAUGUGUUCAGAACGGUAUCUCCAUAUUGACAAAGGAGAAAAAAAAAGCUACCAGAAGUCUUUUCAAGUGCUCCUCGUUAAAUUCGGUCGAGAAACCACCAGAAGUCCCUAUUCAGAAUGGAAUUACUCAUAAAAGUACCCACGACUCCGACACCCCACCCGAACUUUCUUCCCAUCCCAUCCCGAUUGGCGAAACGAUGCCGAUACAGGAGAGCCCCGUUGUCUUUCUGGACCUCAACAGCAUUGUGCAGUUGGGUCGAGAGCUUCGAGACAAGGCAAAAGAGCUGCAGGCAAAGAAUGCUCUCUCUCCAGCCCAGGCCGCCUUACUUCAGGACGCCUUCAGCUUGAUCGCCUACGAAAAUCCCUACGAGAGCCCAUUUGCCGAUUUGAUGCAUCCAAGACACAGAAAAAUCCUCGCAGAAUCCGUAAGCAAUGCUAUUUUAGUAAAUUUGGGUAAGGCGCGGUACCCCCUCCUGGAGAUAGGAAUCGGUAUGUUGGAGGAGACGGUACUGAACGGUCAAGGGGGUAAUCGGCUAUCCCUCAGCUUGGCUGAUGCAAAACCCCUUCGAAAGCAGCACAACCAGGCAAGCACCUCGUCUGCGGGGAGCACACUCACCCCGUCACACACGGUUUCCACCUCCGUCAACCUUCCGUCAACGGUAGGCAUCUACGCUACCGCCACCACUGCCUCCUCUCCCUCGCCCCGAACGGGUGGAAGUGGUGGCAGCGGUGGGCUGCAGCAGUACCACCGAGGCCAUCGACGGCACCAUCACCACCAUCACCGUUCUGCCACCUCUUCCCUCGUUGUUACCUCCACUACUACUACCACCUCUGCCACGGCGUCGCGUGCGCUUAAUCCACUGUCCUUCCUCGCCAAUCUCCCUCCACCCACUGUCGCCCUUCGUCAGCGCUCCUCCUCGUCAGCUGGUCGCCGAUUGCGCAACACAAUCGUACAGAGCUCGCCCCGCGACACUGGCGAGGAAGGGCUGCAGGAGAUUGUCGUCAGCGGCGGUGGCGGAGUAGAGUGGAGAGAGGAAGCAGCGGAGCGAGAAGACGAGGCGGAGACGGCGGCAGUGGCGACGACGACGGAGGUCGAGGAAGUUCAGCUAGUGUUCCAGGAGGGCGGAAGAGUUCGCGUGGAUCGAUAUGCAUCUUCUCCGCCACUACCGCCACUGCAAAGCGUAGAUAUACGCGUCGGAGGCUCUGAGAUGGCGGGCUUCUUUCAUCCGGCAUUAUUCGUUCCCCCGUCCCCUCCAUCCUGA